AUGGUAGAGUUUGCCAUUAACAACUCGGUGCAUGCGUCCACGACACAUACACCGUUUUACGUGAAUGGCUUGCGCCAUCCGCGUAUACCCACCUUACUAGAGUGUAACUCUGGUUUAAGGGGGGGAGGGACUCGCGCGAGCAAAAACCGAUUUGGUUCACGCUCAUCACGCUCUGACGAGGAAGUCAUUGCGUUUGAUGCCGAUAUCGAUAACAUCGAUAUCGAAGAAGAUGAUGCCAGUGAGAGUGCGGAAGCCCUCACUGAAGAAGAUGAUCCCAGUGGGAGUGCGGAAGCCCUCACUGAAGAAAAGUUUGAUGUUGCUGCAGUGCGCUUACAGCACACUGAAGCUAACGAGUCAUCAGAUGAGUUCAUACUGGCUCGUGAAACGGUAGUUCGUUUUGUGCAAGACUCCAUCGCCGAAGCGGUGGAUAAGCAAAAGCAAAACGCCGACAAGAAUGGAAGGGCAAACACUCUUUUAUUUAAUAAAGGUGACUUAGUCCUACUGUCUACGGUUAAUCUACCAAAGCAUGUAGUGACUAACUUGGGUAGCAGUAAACUACUACCCAAGUACAUUGGCCCAUUUCGUGUAUUGCACCGCCUAGGCAAUGCAUACACGAUCGAGUUGCCACGUAAGAUGCGAACGCAUCCCACGUUUUACGUUGGUUGGCUUAAGCCGUACCAUCAUUACGCUGCUUCUUCCGAUGAAGAACGCCCUUGCGCUCAAGCAUCUCGCAGAGAGCCUUGUGCUCCCGAUGGUGGGCAUCAACAAGGGUCUGAAGAGCAGUUAUCUCAGCCCGAGACCGAUCAACAAUCCCACGAGCUACCCUAG